CCCCCGCCCCCGCCCGGUGCGUGCCCGCCGCUGACGUCAGCCCCGCUCCGGGCCCCAUAUAAAGCCCCGAGCGCGGCUCCGGCUCAGCCCCGCGGGGACGGACGGAGCUCCGCACAGCGCACGGCGCCCAGAGCUCAGCGCAGCGGUGCGGAGGAGCCGAGAUGCGGCGGGCGCUGCUCACCGUUCUGCUGCUGCUGUGCCGCCCGUUCCCCGCCGCCCCCCGCCCCGCACGCCCCGACGGCCACGACGGUCCCGACGUUCCCGGCUCGGGGAUCCCCGCGGCGGAGGGGAGGUCCGAAGUGCUGUGGCCGCCUCUGCCCGCGGAGCCGUGGAGGGCGCGGAGGGACGACCCGCCGCUCUCUAUCGACCUCACGUUCCAUCUCCUGCGGCACCUCCUGCUGCUCGCCCGCGCCCAGAGCCAGCGCGCCCGCGCCGACACCAACCGCCGCAUCCUCGACGCCGUGGGACGUUGAGCCCCGCGCCGGCACCGCACCGCGUCGGGACCGCUCCGACGUGUGCGCGGCUGCGGGACUGCCCCUCGGGACGGCCCCGCUCCGAUUUUGUAAUAAAACGCUGUAGAAAAGCCGUAGUGUGGACCUGCGUGCGGGGCACCGUCUCCAUCUCCGCCGCGUCCCCAACCUCGGAUAUUUGCAGCCCACGGUAAGACCCUCCCCGAGCCCCCCCGAUCCAGGCUGAGCGGCCCCGAUUGUGCCCCAUCCCCACCCGGCAGCCAUCACUGCCCCCCAUCCCCUUCUGCCGCUGAAGGCCGCAAGCCAAGCUGGGAUCCGUGGGGCACAGAGACACCCGGUCCCUGUCCCCGUGCAUCAGCGGUGACGUGGGGCGGCUGACGCGGCGCAGUGCAGCGGUGGGGCGGGGGCACGGGCCGUGACCCACCGGUAAUUGCAGCGCUGUGUGCUCAGCCUGGCGCUGUUUGCUCGGUGCACCCAGGGGACGGUGCUGCCAGACGGCGCUGCGGGGGUGGCAG